AUGGAGAUUAAAGUCUCCGGACCCGUGGAUUCAUUAACCAGUGCUGAUCUGGAGAUUUUUGAUGAUAUCACGUCCUCAUUCAGUGAAUCAGUGGAAGAUGUACUCAACAAAAACUUUAGUCAACAAAAGAAAACGGAAGUUGCCUCUGAAAAUCCAAACCCUGAAGAGAAUACCACCAAGAACAAAAAACUUGCAGCUAUCUACUGCCGCCAAUGGCUCUCUGGUGUAUUAAGUAUAUUGUCACACAAAUUAGCUCAAGAACCUGCCACACCGCUAAAGAAUGCCACAAUGCCAAUCCCAUCUGAGCCAGAAUUUGUAGAAGAUAACCUGGACUUCCAAGGUGUCGAAGAUAUGGGUAUCUUUGUGGAUAAUGCCAAAGUUUGCGGAGAUGGACAAAUAGAAGUCGACUAUGACUCGGUCAAACCAACCGAUAACUCACAGUUCAAACCUAAACUUAAAGCUAAGGAGCUCAUGCAAAUCAUUUUACAAGGGAAGGAGGCCGAGUGGCUGCUUCACAAAAAACUAGAAGGAUUUUGGAAAUCUAGCCCUGGAUUACUUAUGCAGUUAAUAAAUUCAGAAUUAGAACCAAUCAAUGAUGAUGAAGCUGCUCCGGACAACAUGGAGGAAGUAACAUCAAUCGAUGAAAAAUCCCUAAGCUUCCUAAACGAACUUUUGGAAAAUGACCGCGAGGAACUUAACAAAAAUAUGGAAGAAUACAUGGCCAACGAUCCAAAGUUACUCAUAGAUUACGCGUCAAGUCUUGGAAUUGUAGGAAUGGACAGACUAGUUGAACUGUUUAAUAAAGUAAAGAAAGAAAUUACACAUGUUAACAAAAUGGCACGGUUCUUUUCAAAGUUUGCCAUUGAACUCAACUCUCCACGUAAUCAAGUAGAAAUCAUGUAA